GUCAGUAUGCGACAUAGAAAAAAAUAGAACAGGUUUGCCUGACGUCAUCAGAAGGCGCCGCCUAGUUAUGCUAAGUGUUUAUUUAUUUAGCUAAUUUCUAAAGGAUCAUAUGGUAUAUAAAGCGUGAUGGAGGUGAAUAAGGACGAAGCUGAACGGUGCAUCGAUAUUGCAGUCAAAGCAAUAAAGAAGAAAGAAGUUGACAAAGCGAAACGGUUUUUAGAAAAAGCACAGAGACUGUUUCCGACGGACAAGGCACACGCAUUGUUGGAGUCUCUGCAGCAGAAUGGACAUGCAUCCACUCACAGCGGUUCUGCAGGAGACAGCGAGGGUCCCGAGGAAAACCAGUCCAGUGCUAAUAACCACAGUGCUGCAGAGGAGACGAGAUCCGAAUCAGCCAAAGCAUACACUACAGAACAAGCAGAUGCUGUGAAAAGAAUAAAACAAUGUAAAAACUACUAUGAGAUUCUCGGGGUGCAGAAAGAUGCAUCAGAUGAUGACCUUAAAAAGGCGUAUAGGAAACUGGCGCUGAAGUUUCACCCGGAUAAGAACCAUGCACCUGGUGCUACAGAAGCUUUUAAAGCUAUUGGGAACGCGUACGCCGUGUUGUCCAACCCGGAGAAGAGGCGUCACUAUGAUCAGUAUGGCGAGGUGAGAAGCUGCGCUGGCAGACGAAGACACUCCGAGCGAGACUUCCAGCCUGAUAUCUCCCCAGAGGAUCUGUUUAACAUGUUCUUCGGAGGAGGAUUUCCCUCUAGUAAUGUUCACAUGUACAGCAACGGGCGAAUGCACUUCAGCCAACAGCGUGGUGCAAGAAGGGAAGAGAGAGGUGGUGGCUUGGCUCUCUUUGUCCAGCUCAUGCCCAUCCUCAUCCUUGUUAUUGUGUCCACGCUCAGCCAGAUGAUGGUGGCUGACCCCCCCUACAGCCUCAACUACAGACCUUCUGUAGGUCACACACAGAAGCGGCUGACGGAGACCCUGCGUGUGCCGUACUACGUGAGCGAGCGCUUCAGUCAGGAGUACAGCGGCGUGAAUCUGAGGCAGGUGGAGCGCAGCGUAGAGGACGACUACAUCUCCACCCUCCGCAACAACUGCUGGAAGGAGAAACAACACAAGGAGGGUUUGCUGUAUCGUGCACGCUAUUUUGGUGACAGUGACCUAUAUCAGAGAGCUCAGAGAAUGAGCACACCCAGCUGCUCCAGACUGGCCGAGGUUCAGACUUACGUCCACUGAUGAUGGACAAACCAACAUGAUCAUGGCAGGUGUAAAAUUGAAUCUUCCCAUUAAAGCAGUGGCAGACUGGUGACAUUCAGCCAAAGGAUAGAGACUUCCAAGUGUGUGUGUGUGUGUGUGUGUGUGUGUGUGUGUGUGUGUGUGUGUGUGUGUGUGUGUGUGUGUGUGAGAGAGAAAGAGAGACAGAGAGAGAUAUCUGUGUUAGUGAUGGAUCAUCUUGUAAGGGUUUGGAAAGGAAAGAAUCUUCCUCCAGCCCUUUACAGACCUGAGCUACACCUCAGUUAAGAAAUGAUCCAAUCUUUUAUAGUUUUAUCGAUCUGAAACGCAUUUAAUUCCCUUCUGGCUGAAACUUGUGUAAGAACUUAUACAUAUUAUUUGGUUUCAUAUAGAUCAUGAUCAAGUCACUAUGUAUUAAUUUAUUAAUUUAUAUAAUUGUACAUUUGAGAUUUAGCUAUGCAGGAUUUUAUUGAUUAGGUCAGACGUUAAAUAAGCAUUAAUGUUAAAUAAGCAUUAAUAAGCACUCCAUACUUUAACCUUUUAUCUUCGCCACUAGAAUUUCCACUGCUCUGUAGUUAAGUAGUAUUUAUUCAAGGAUCAGGACUUUUUUUAAGUAUGAUAUUAUAUAUAUUUUUAAAUUUUGCAAUGUUGACUAAAAAUCUGUAGCAGUGCUUCUCCUCUGGAUGAUACCAGAACAAUAAAAUCCUACGUGCCACUCACCUUACAA